AUGAGCUUGGCUCCGUUUUCCGAAAACGCCGGAGGCAGAAGGCAUACAACAAGGUUCUUCAUUGAUGACAUUCUUGUCAGUAAACCCAAGCCCCUCCCAAGAGAACCCAUCGCACCAAUCAUAUCUCGACCUCCCUUUCUUGACUACGCCUCCUACGCUGCGGCUAGUCUAGCUAAUCCAUGCCCACUGCUACUGACUCCGCCCUUCUUCACGCAAGGCCAUGCAACUUUCCUCAAUGGAAUACAAGACCAUCACGGAUUUCUGCUUUCAUCGGCUAGAGGUCUACCACUGGGACCUCUCUUUCAGCACGAGAACGCCAGCAAACACUGUCGACGAAGAAAAGCCAGAACGGUGUUCAGCGACCAGCAGCUAACAGGACUGGAAAAGAGGUUCGAAUCUCAAAGAUACCUCUCAACACCAGAAAGAAUGGAACUAGCAUCCCAACUGAACCUAUCAGAGACACAAGUUAAAACCUGGUUUCAGAACAGAAGAAUGAAGCAAAAGAAAAUUCAACGGAAAUGCCACGACGACGAUGGCGGCCGGGUCAACGAUGACGGGUUGGACACCAGCUUAGAAGGGGCUGGAGAUUCUGAUAUCGAGGAACCAGCCUGCGAGCCCCAUCAGCCACACUCGAGUCCCCACCAUGACCCACUUCAACCUCAGGACAAUAAGGGUCAGCUCAAAAGACAUCUGACUUACCAACAAAUCCAUCAGCAUCUUGAACAAGGGGAUCAACCACAUCGAGACCUAUAUAAUCACGGAAGUAGGUUAAGGUCGUACUCUGAACUUCCGGAGUCUGACCCGGAAGAUAACGAAGAGAUCAAUGUUGUAGACACUGAUCAUGCUGAUAAUGUAACUUCAAAGUCGCUUACAGUAUAA